AUGCCGCGGGAGUUGCGCUUGGACUAUGCCGGAAACUCAUAUCGCUGGUUUGAUGUGGAUGAGAUGCUGCGCGUCCAUGGCGGGACUUUAACUCGAACGCUGACCCAGGAUAUUGAACAGCACUUCCAGGUCUCUGCAAGCCAUCAAGUGCUUUGCGAUGUGGAAGGGCCACUGACCAGCCAAGCUGAUUUGCGGCGAGUUCUCCUGGGGGUGGCACCUCGACUCUGGCUUUUCGACAUCCGGUACGUGGGCGAGAAUCUUAGGAAGCAGUGCGAGCAGCGAGGACGCAUCCAGUGUGAGGAUUUGUGUCCAGAGCUGGACAAGGCAACGGCGACACCUCGCUCACAAGGCUCCCCGGAGAGCUGCAGUGAUGCGCAGACCCAGACCGAGCCCAGGGCCGGAACUCCGCGGAAGCGCUGGCGCCCGCGCAAGGAGUUGGAAGGAAUGCGCCGCUUGGAGUCGCUUGGCCGGCCAGAGGUACAGCAGGAGCUCCACUUCCUCAAGGAACGCGAGCAGAAGGUGGCAAAGAUGCUGAGCGAUCAGGAAGCAGAGAUCCGGGAGCUGAAAGGCCUGCUACUUUCGUCCAGUGACAGUGGCAGCCAGGAUCUAGAUGAAGCGUCGCUCCAAGUACUGGAAGCAGAGGAGGCAAUGCUGGUUCAGUCGGUGCAGGAUGCAUUGUCAAAGAUUGGCCAUCGGGCCGAUGGGGCGCACAGGACUUUCACACCCUGGCAGGCAGACGCGCAGGACAGGACCCUGCGCGAGGCUGGGUUUGGAUUCGAGAUGAAUCACAAAGCCGACGAGGCCGCCACACCAAGCUUGCAGAGACUGAGCAGCACGACCACCACUGCGUCCAGGCAAGAGUGGCCUCCAUCGAAGCUUGUUUCCCGCUCAUCCUCUGGACCGCUUCCGCCAUCAGACCGCCCCGGCUCGGAGGUGCGAUGUCAGCAUUGCGGACGGUCUUCCGGACCUGACGGGCACUUCUGCCAAUAUUGCGGAAAGCGACUGGAGCAACCGGCAACUGCACGUGACAAGGACGCGCAAUUGGCGCAGGAAGAGGCCAAAGUGGCAAGACACAAAGAGGAGUUGCGGUUGGAGCAGGCUUUGGCGCUCGCGCAUGAGAAACAGCAAGAGCUGCUGCAGAGCCAGGCACGCGUGCGAGAAGAUGCGACCCAAGCCCAGACAGAGCUUGGCCGAACAGAGCAGCGGUGCAAGCAGCUGGAGAUGGAAGUGGCUUUGCGGAACAAGGACCUUCAGCACGCUCAGGAAUGGCGGGAGCUGCAGAAUCAUAUGCACACGGCUGAGCUUCAUCAUCAGGCGGAAGUUCUUCAGCUGCAACACCGUGCAGCCGCGUGCGCAGAGCAGGAGGAAUGGCAACAGAUGGAAAUCCUGAUGCAGACUUCGCAACGCAAGCACGCCGAGAAGGUGCAGGAGCAGGAAGUGCAGGACCUGAUGUUGUCUGUGGAGCUGGAGCGCUUGGUGGGCUCGGAGCUGCGGGCGCAGAGCUCGGCCGGCAGCGCCAAGGCCACGGAGAGGCUGAAGGACCUCAACGCGCGCCUCGCCGGCCGAGAUCUGGAGAUCUUGGCGCUGGAGAACGCCAUCGAGGGCCACAGAAGCCGACCGAAGGUGGAGGACCUGCAGCGCGCGGAGGGCGAGUCGGCCGCCCUGGCCCAACAGCUCCAGCGCCGGGCCGAGGAGCUCCAGGCGGUGCGGGAGGAGGCUGCGGAGGCGGAGGAGGUGAGGCGGCGCGAGGUCGAGGCGAACGAGGCGCUGCGCCUGGAGGAGGCCAGCGAAGCCAUGCACGGCAGCGAGCUGACCCGGAGGCUGAAAGAGGCGGAGGAGGCCAGGAAAGACUUGGAGCUGCAGCAGGAGAAGUUUCUGCAGCGUAGCCAAGAGGUCAGCGAGUUUGCAGCGCGCGAAGCGGCCUUGGUACAACGCGUGGCACAGCUGGAGAGCCAACUGGAGGAGUUGUCUCGACGGCCAGAACCUCCCAAGGAGGUGGAUGUGCCGCCCGAGCCGAGCAACUCCGACUACGUGUCAACGGCUGAUGAUGAGCUUGACAAGAUGCUGGAGAAGCAGAUUUCUGAGAUGGGCCCAGGCAUUCUGAAGGGCAACACCUUAGAGAGGAUCAGAGACAAGCAGUACAAGCUCAGCGGCAAGAGGGUAGCCAUGCAGCUUUCCGAUGGUGGCGUGGAGGUGCGCGUUGAUGGCAACUACAUUCCUCUCGGCCAUUGGGUACGGGAGCUAAUGGCUCCCGGGGAGAAAGGUAGCGAUGACGCGUUCAGCUUCUUGGAUGCACACUCACAGUUUGCAGCUGUGCGCUAA